AAUGGAAGAUAACAAUGGCUACCUCAAAGACUUCAUAGAGUGAAGACGAGAAGUGAGGAAGGAAAUGCAGGUUAUUGACCACAUCCUAGCGAAAUAUAAUAUUAAAUAGCAUCACUAAUUUCUGCGAACCCUCUCUGCUGGAGCAACAGAAGGAAGGUACCAACGGGAAUCCCUUCUGUCAACCUUCUAUAAAGAGAAGUUUCGUUAGGGAAGUGACACUAGAGAAAAUCCAAAAUGAAAAUUUUAAUAAAGAAUACCUCCAAGGCCUUAAAUUUAGAGCCACCCAUAAUAAAGAAGGUUCCCUUUGCUCACAUGAAAGCUCUUAUGAGUGUAAAUAAUGAUAACAUGAUCGAAGCUGUGAGGCAAGCUCAGGAGCAUCAAGAAAGUAUUGAAAUCAGCAGCAAAGAUUCAAUGCCGGAAGAAUUUGAUUCAAGUGAAAUCAGCGGGAGAGACAUUACUCUCAGAGCAACCUAUGAUAACGAGCUGAUAGGAGUGAUGAAGGAUUUGGAUCUUGACUUAGCACAAAAGAAAAUUAAUGAAAUGAAAAAGAAAUCAUACAAUUGCAAAUAAGUUUAAAUGCAAGGUCAGCAACCUUCUUAAGAGCAAAGAGAGAUUUAAAUUUUCAAAAGCGACUCAGACAAAGAUGCAUGGGAUGACCAACAGCAGUUGAAAGGUAAAACUCAAAAAAUAAUCAUUUACUGAAAUUUGUACUUCAAUUAUACAGCACAA